AUGAUCGCAGCGGAUGACAAUAAUGACGAUUUGAAAGUGACACAAAAUAACGAUGUUCUUGCCGCAUCUUCAACCAGUGAAGUGAAUGAAAUCUUUGCAAAAAUGGUUGGGAAGAAAUUGAAUUUUAUAAAGAAUCCGGUUCGGUUGGCCAGAAUGCAUACGGCAAUCAUGAACGUGCUGCAGCAGGCGAUUGCAGAUCAGUAUGAUGACGAGCAUAAAGAUUGA